UUUCAUGUGACACUCAUCCAGCUCUCCGGGUGGGUCUGGAGUGACGAUGACGCGUUGCUGUCACUUUCUUGCUAUCACCCUCCUGACUCUGGGCAUCCCGGAGGCGAUUAGCAGCUGGACGAGUUUAGCACACCUCCGGCCUCGUGUAGAUGAUGGGAUGCAGACGCGAGCGGUUACAGAGUUACUGCGCCGCCUUCUGGGGGAGCGGGCGUCCGACUUUGUGGUGUCGGUGGACGGAGCGCUGGGGCGGGCUGAAGGCGACCUGGACUCUUACGAGCUGAGCUCGACCAAAGAUGACAAGGUCUCUGUAACUGGAAACACCGGCGUGGCGGCGGCGAAUGGUGUCUACAGCUAUCUGAAGGAGUUCUGCGGCUGUCACGUUUCCUGGUCGGGCGACCAGCUGCGAGUGCCCCGGCCGCUGCCACGGAUUCCAGAAGUGAUAAAGGUCAGCUCUCCCAAUAGGUUCAGGUACUACCAGAAUGUGUGCACACAGAGCUACUCCACUGUCUGGUGGGACUGGCCCCGCUGGGAGAGAGAGAUCGACUGGAUGGCCCUGAAUGGGAUCAACCUGCCACUAGCCUUCACUGGACAGGAGGCCAUAUGGCAAGAGGUGUACCUGUCCCUGGGUCUUAAUCAGUCGGACAUAGAUGCAUUCUUCACUGGCCCAGCCUUUCUGGCCUGGGGGCGAAUGGCAAAUUUACAUUCGUGGGGUGGACCUUUAUCACAAAACUGGCAUGAGAAGCAAACAUCCCUGCAGAAGAAGAUCCUGGACAGAAUGCGGUCUCUGGGGAUGAUUCCAGUCUUGCCAGCCUUUGCCGGUCACGUGCCAGCAGCCAUUACCAAGCUGUUCCCCCAGGCAAAUGUGACACAGCUAGGACCAUGGAGCCACUUUGAUUGUAACUACUCAUGCUCCUAUCUCCUGGACCCUCGGGACCCCUUGUUCCUGAACAUUGGCAAGCUGUUCCUCAAACAGCAGCACCUAAAAUUUGGGACUGAUCACAUUUAUAGUGCAGACACUUUUAACGAGAUGAUCCCUGCGUCGUCUGAUCCUGUUUACCUGUCUGCAGUUAGCAAGGCGGUGUUUUCUUCCAUGACGGCAGUUGAUCCUAAAGCUGUCUGGCUCAUGCAAGGUUGGCUUUUUGUCCAUCAGCCAGAUUUCUGGAAGCCUCCUCAGAUCAAGGCUCUGCUGCUUGGUGUACCCCUGGGCAGAAUGAUCGUGCUUGACUUGUUUGCAGAGUCCACACCUAUCUAUAUCUCCACCAAAUCCUUCUACGGCCAGCCCUUCAUCUGGUGCAUGCUGCACAACUUUGGCGGGAACACCGGCCUCUUCGGGACAGUCGAGAGUAUUAACCAAGGUCCGUUUGAUGCCCUCCAUUUCCCUAACUCCACCAUGGUGGGGACAGGCUUGGCACCUGAAGGCAUCGAGCAGAAUGCUGUGCUGUAUGAGCUGAUGAGCGAACUGGCCUGGCGGAAGGAGCCUGUCAACCUUCUGAAGUGGGUAUCUGCUUACGCAACGCGCCGCUAUGCCAGCAGCAGUGAGAACGUGGCAGCCGCCUGGCGCCUCCUCUUCCAGAGCGUCUACAACUGCACCAUCCCAUUCUACCGAAACCACAACCGCAGCCCACUGGUGCGCCGGCCGUCCCUUCGAAUGGACACAAACAUCUGGUAUAAUCGUAGCCACCUGUACGAGGCCUGGCGGCUGCUCUACCUGGAGGCCAAGUCGCUGGCAUCUUCUUCGGAGACCUUCAGACAUGAUCUUGUGGAUGUCACAAGGGAAGCCCUGCAGCUCCUCGUGAGCGACUACUACCAGGAAAUCACUACUUACUUUGCCAAUCGCCAGUUGACUGAGCUGAUGACUGCGGGUGGAGUCCUGCUUUAUGACAUUUUGCCUGAAUUAGACAACCUCCUGUCUAGUGAGGGGCACUUCCUGCUUGGCGUCUGGUUGGAACGGGCGAGGGCUAUGGCACUGGAGGAGAAAGAGGCUGACCUGUACGAGUUCAACGCUCGCAAUCAGAUCACACUCUGGGGCCCCAAUGGGAAUAUCCUGGACUAUGCCAACAAAGAGUGGGGUGGUCUUGUCAUGGAUUACUACGCCCAGCGUUGGGGGCUCUUUAUCAGCACUCUGAUUAAGUGCAUUGACCAAGGGGUUCCUUUCAAGGAGGAGGCUUUCAACCGUGCUGUCUUCCAAGAGGAGAACGCCUUUGUGACCAGUCGGCGCAAGUAUCCCGUUGAGCCAGUGGGGGACACCUACGAGAUCGCCUCCAGAAUAUUCGUGAAGUAUUACCCACAAGCUGUGUGGAACCUGCGGAAGGUAUGAUGAGCCUGGGACACUCCCCCAUGGUGCCCCCCUUGUACUCCAGCCUCCAGGAUGUGCCAUCUGAGAAGAUGUUAUUGAAUCAGUGUACCUCGCUUGGACAUCUCCAAAUUUUUGUCCAGUUGCUGAUGGUGGGAACUCAUCUUUAAUAGUGCAAUGUGGCAGCUUGUACCUGUCUCAUGUUCCCCGGCAGGUGAGGUGAUGCUUCACAGGUUUCAUCCUGUUCAUGUUUCUAGUGGCCUGAACUUGGGUGGCAUGGUGGGAUUAGGGUGAGGGAGUUUAUAAGACCCAGACUCAACCUGUUUAUGUUCAAACCCCCAAUUGGGAAUGUUCUAGACUCAAAGCGUUACCAGGUUUCAAAUCAGUGCCAGGUCUUGGUAGGGGAGGGGUCAGUCAGUCUGCCAGUCAGUGUUUAGAGGAAUACUCCCACCAAAAAUGACAUUUUGUUAUCUGCUGUUUACCCCGCAUUAUUUGUUAUGAUGACCGAGAUAAACGUUUAUUAGAGAAACAAAAAUUCCUGAUGCAACGGGCUUUAGUGGGAGCCCACACUAAACACCAUCCAUCCAUCCAUCCAUUUUCUAACCCGCUGAAUCCGAAUACAGGGUCACGGGGGUCUGCUGGAGCCAA